GAUCCAUAUAAAUAUCAGUUCUGAGGCCCCUUUUUGGCCUGCUCCUAUUUUAGGCCCCAAUUCUGCAGAUGACUGCAAUGGGACUCAGCAGAGGUGCAGGGAUCUGCAUUCACAGAGCUCAGUACAGCACUCGGGCCAUAGACUUCUUCAUCACCUUAUGAAAGGCCAGCAUCCAGACACCUGCAUGGUCCACAGUCCCUCUGCUCCGCACAGUUCCUCUGCACCGUAUAAUGGAACUGGUUUUUGUGUAGAAGUGGUCUCCUGGUUCCAGUGUUCCCUUUGUGGCAAGAUCAACAAGCGAACAAGAUUUCAUAACCACCUUGUGUAGGGAAGCUACUGAAAGACACAAUGACUGAGUUCUUGGUUUGCUUUAACUGGUGCAGUGGUGAGCAGCCCCAGCCAAAGAGACGUCGGAGACUAGAUCGAAAAAUGAUUGGAGAACCAAUGAACUUUGUUCAUACUGCCCAUGUUGGAACAAGAGAUAUGAAUAGUGGUUUUACAUCAGCUGGGUCAAUUCAGGACCAUAUGAAGUCAAAAGGUGGCUACACAAAUGGUACUCCUGCAAGUGCACAGCUAUAGAAAACU